GAUGGAUUAUUUAUAAGAGAAGGGUUUUUUUUAAGAAGGGGAUCCAAAUUGUAAGAAAACGAAACUUUGGAUAACCUCCAAUCCUGAUAAAGAAACAAAUGGGCGCUCCAAGCUUCCGAUAAAAUCUAAUGGCUCGACGAAGCAUCCACACGACGGAGCUAGGCUGCAUCGCCUGCGACGAUCUAUCAUACCUCGGUGCCGGCAAGGAGGGUUGGCUCGUCGGAAACCCUAAUCUCCUCACUGCCCUCGAUACUCAUUCCAUCGCAUUGGCUAACCGCUCAAUUAUCCUCCUCAUCCACUGGCUCGGCGGCGGCGAUGCGGACUCCAAGAUCGUGCCCGACCUCUCUCCGAUCGAACCCGAGUACAUCUCCGCUCUGGAAUGGUUAGUGUUUGGUGAUAUCAAAGUAAUUGCGGUCGGUACCUCUUGUGGGUCUUUGCUGAUUUACUCUCUCCGCGGAGAUCUCAUUCACAAACAGUUAGUACACACUGGAAGGAUCUUUAAAUUGAGGGUUCGCGGAACUAAGAGAGACCAGAUGCAAGAGACUUCGUUAGAGGAAGUCUGUGUUGUUAUGCCGGGCACUGUUGCCCGCUUUGAGGGAUCUGAUAUUCAGAGAAUGCUUGAAAGAUGGUUUCAAGAAAGGUACUCUGGGUCAUGGGAUUAUCCAAAUAACAGAGGUUCAGAUGAUUAUGGGGAUUUUUUUGGAAGGCUUCCCUACCAGUUAUGGAAUGUUAACAAAUAUGGAUCCUGUGUUGAUGCUGCUAUCACAGGUGUAAUGCCCCCUCCGCUCAUGGAACUCCAGCUGCUUUUAUUGUUGGGCAGUCAAGUCAGCAUUAUUACUGUGCAGUCACCGUGGGAGAUAAUGCUGUGAUUUCUGCAUAUAGACUUUCAGUGGAUAAAAGCCGAUCAAUUGUGGGGGCUAUUCUGUCUAAAGUAGUACCUGCAACAUUUUCAACAAUAACUUCUAUCUCGAGAUUGUUUUGGCGAAAAGCACUUCUCUUCAUCUCCUCAAUGGUAUGAAUUUAUUUGCAUUAUGUCACAUUGAUGAUAAAUUUUAUGCUCCCUCCACCUCAUUGGGGUUUUCCAACUUCCAUUAACACGGAGGAGAUUGGAGAAGUGUAUGUUGAGUUUUGUUUGAAUUUUAUACUCCCUCCGUCCCAAUAACAAAUUCUCUGCUACUAUUCCGGGGUCACUAUACCUUUUGACUUUUGCUACUUAUGCAUUUUUAGUGAUCAUUUGAUAAUAUAACAUAGUUGUGUCACCUCUUAUUUUGUAGAGUUUUCGAUGUAGUUUUUUAAACAAAUGAAAUGAAUUAAAAAGAACAUUUUACCUUGUAAACUGCAAUACGUAUUUCCUUUACGAACAGAGGGAGUAGACCACAGUUUUUUUGUAAAAGAAAACUGUUUUUUUUCUGUGUCACCCCCAAAAGGAAAGAUGGAAAGUCCAGUGGGACGAGGGAGUAUAUAAUUAGGGCAGCUUUGGUAAAUUUAUGUUUUGUGUUCUCUGUACUAAAAACAUUGUUUAUAG